CAUUAGUUUAGGGGCGACGUCGCGAAGGCAGCCGCUCCGAGAAGGGAAAGACUAGGCGGAGACGGUAGGACUAGACGAUACGGGGAUAUCAGGAGAAACAUUCAACUAGAGUAGACGAGAGGAAACAACGGAAGGAUCCAUACUAUGGCCACUCAUCGACGGACGGGCGCACCGACGCAUAAUCGGACUAAUUCGGCACAGAUCAACCAGAGGGCGCAGCUGGCCAACGCGUACCAGGAACUGGGGAAAGAAUUGGGUAGUGAGAAGUUGAAGGUGGUCGGAAGUUACACUUUGGGGCGGGUUAUCGGUGAAGGCUCCUACGGUGCCGUAUACAUCGCCACUCACCGUCUCACCGGCACCCGAUGUGCCGUCAAAAAGAUUCCCAAGUCCAUGACCGGCCAACUCACCCGAGAGAUCCACCACCAUCGUUCCUUGCACCAUCGUCACAUUCUCCAGCUCUACGAGAUCAUCGCUACCGAAUCGCACAUCUGGCUCGUCUCCGAAUUGUGCACAGGUGGGGAACUCUUUGACUACCUCGUCGAGAGGGGAAGAUUACUGGAAGGAGAAGCCAGGAGGAUUUUUGGAGAGUUGACAGUGGCCGUAGGGACGAUACACAGGAAAGGCACAGUCCACAGGGAUCUGAAGCUGGAGAAUGUGUUCCUGAACGGAUUCUGCGGAGUGAAACUGGGAGACCUGGGGUUCGCUCGGGAAUGGUCAAGAGGGAGCAAGCUGUUGGAUACGUUCUGCGGGACGACAGGGUACGCUUCGCCGGAAAUGUUGCAGGGACAUAAGUACGCGGGGGAAGAGGCGGACAUCUGGUCCUUGGGAAUCAUUCUAUAUACGCUUCUGUGUGGGGGCUUGCCUUUCGAUGAUGACGAUGAGGACACGAUGAAGUCGUUGAUCGUCAAGGGGGAAUACGAAGAACCCGAAUGGCUGAGCGAUGAGGCCAAAGACCUCAUUCAAAGCAUCCUAAAGCUGGAACCGACGUCAAGACUAUCGAUCGAAGGUAUCCUCUCUCACCCAUGGUUCAGCAAACGUAUAGUCGACCUGCCCGCGGAUGCGCUACAGAACGGACAGUCAGGUGCAGGUGCGGUGACACCGUUCUUGAACACACCUGAGACAAAUCCGACCGGGAUGACUUCGUACUUUUCCGACACGUUGUCGACCCCCUUGCCGGCAGUGAAUCAGCAUAGAAUCGGCGGUCAGGCGGGAUUGUCGCCCUUGAGUUCCCCAAAGUUGGAGGCUACAAAGAUGACCGCGCCGCCCCCGACGAAUAAUCUCCAGGGUUACAAGUACCCGACGAGCAAGUUGGCUACAGAGGCGAUCCCGAUCAGAUCCUCGGAUGGGGAAGGGGACGCCUCAGAUACCUCGGCCGAGACAAGGACGUCUUCGGAUGAGGGGCAUACGAGCACGAGUUCGACGACGGCACCUACCACUGCCGAAGGUGACGAGACUGUGGACGCUUUCGACACAAACAAGGCCGCAACGGAAGCAAUGUCGAUGGACUCUUUCAACGAUGUCUACAUGCUUUCGAACGAGAGCCAGUCGACCAUCAAGAAAUCACCAGCUCCAAGCGUGACAUUUGCCAAACCGAGCGUGCACAUAUUGGAAAAACAGCCCGAGGAGGACGAGCUUGGGGUUUCUGACGGACCGGAUUCGAGGCGACACUCGGCGAUCAGUUUCGACGAACAUGGAUAUCAUAUGGCAGUCCAUAGCAGGACUCCAGCGAGGACCAAGCGGAGGUCCGUGUCAUCCAGCGUCGCGUCGGAAUGCCGACCGUCUAUGUUUCACAGUAGCUCGUUUUCGACAUCUGCGCUUCCCAUCGUCGACUAUCUCGGACAGCUGGCCGAAGCGUCUCCUGUCUUCUUCUCGACCAUUGACGAAAAGGAACUGCUGAGGAGUCUCGAACUGCUCGGCUUCGACGUUGGGCAGAUGAAACAUAGCGUUACGAGUGAUGCAUGCGAUUCCAGCGCGGCAACGUGGUGGAUGCUGAGAGCAAAGCAGCAACAAAAGGAAGAGUAUGAGAGAUAUCAGUUGGAAGGCUUACCGGUUGUCACCGAGGUCGAACAUCCUCCUAGACCUGCAACUGCACCUCCUGUGCCUGUGCCUUCCGGAGAGCGACAUGUCCAGCCUCCGCAACAAAGUGCAACUGCCGACGUCUUCACCAGCGAAGCAACCAGGGCUUCAGUGACGCCAGACCAUACGACCCAGAUAAGACCCAUCGAGCUAGGACCCCCUAUUCGGUCUUCCAGUGAUGCUCGGAGACCCUCGCUUGCCACCGACAAUAAAGCUGUGACGACGCUGGGAUUGCCAAGCCAUCUGCAUCAGCAGUCUGUGCCAUCCGAGGAACCGGAACGAUCAGGUUCGUCGAGAUCGGUACCAAUAAGUAUGGGCCAUCAAGUGCCGAACUCGAGCCCUCCAUUGGUCAUGGAGCCGUUGAAGCCUGCCGAUGAAUCGAGCACUGCGGCGUCUAGCCCGGGCAGCCCCAGCCGGCGGGCGGAAGCAGGCAAAGUAAGGUCCUCCUCGAUCUCGAUGCUGCAACGAGCGACCUCCGCCCUGUCUACGGGUCUGGUAAGGAAAAAGUCGGAAGAGAAACUUCUCGACGAGGCUUCCGCCAAGGAUGCCGGCGACGUGAAAAAGUCUCCUACCAAGUUAAUCAAAACGCCACCCCUCGGCCGGCGAAAGGACAGUCUCGAGGCUUCACAGACGCUCUCUGAUGACAACCAUGAAACGCUUGGGAACGGUUCUGGACCUGUCAUUCCGCCGUCUUCAUCCUAUGGCACUUUGUCUGGGAGCACAAUUUCGCUCAACGAUUCUCCCUCGACCAGCAAGGCCCCAAAGAAUGGCAAGCGUGAGAGCUUGUUGAUGACCUUCCGCUCCUGGUGGAACGAGGAUCGCAAAAAACGGAAACGCAACAAUGGCGGUGCCGGUCCUGUCAUUCAGCAUCACGGCCUCAGUCAUACACCGAGCCUUAGGUCCCAACAUAUGCACGCCGUCAAGCGAACCACGAUUGUACAGAGACGCUCGCCUGCGGAUAGCCGGCCCCACAUUGGCUCGCGACGGUCGAGCAGUGUCAACUCUCGCAGAUCAUCGGUCACAUCCUUGCACAUGCCUCUUAUGGAGUUGCCAGCCGGUUCACCAAUGGAUCCAUACACUCUCCUUCGCCGGCAAAGUAGUAGAAGGUCGACUGGCAGCCGAACUCCGACUAGCGAGUUUGGAGAGUUUGGCGGUGGGUCUCGACCGACGUCGGUGCGGUCGAUGCAGUUGCAUGGCUCGGCAUCGCAGAGGACAUUACACGGCAAGGCGCAGUCUAUAAGCUCUACCGGAUCACGGACACCGACACGGAGUCCAGGAGGUCGCGUUUCGCAUUAUCGCAACGUUUCCGCUUCUUCAGCUCGAUCACGAGCCCGGGGCGGUCCACACAAUCGCUCGGCCUCGACCGCGACCAACGCUUCGAAUCGUUCGGGAGGAUCAUCACGUCGUUCAUCCGGCAUGCCCGAUGAUAGGAUCGGCGAGGACGGUAACGAUUACGAAUCGGACGACAUGCUCGUACACGCCUGGCGGAAACGUUCGGUCGAGGACCGACUGGCCCAUCCUACCCAGCUCAUCGCCAAACGGACUCGGUCCCCCCUGGCGAGUCAGUUCAUACUCAGUCAUAUGGGUAAGCCGAGACCAAUGCCUCCGAUCCGGGACGUCUUCGCCGACAAGGGCAAGAAUGUCGAUGGUCAAGGUGAAGAAGAUUGGACGAGUGACGAAGACGAAGGAGGACAAUUCGCUGGUGGCCUCGGACAAUCAUCCACAAGCUCGGGCAACCCGAGCGGCGCAACGAUACACGAUUCUCCCUUGCAAAAAAGUUCGGGUUCGUUCUCCUCGAUGCCCAUGGCGUUUUCUCGGGGCUCGACUCGGAGCGGCUCCAGCUCGAAAACGACUGAUACCAAGCAGAAGUCUUCCACGUCAACGUCGUCUUCAUCUUCCGGCUUGGUUGUGGAGCAAUCGACGGACAGCCGGGCCCGUGGUCGAGGCGUUAUGCCUACGAAUCGUCCUGCCGACAUUACUGAAGAAGAGGAACCUGAAGAAUAGGACGACAAUCUGUAUUCCCACAUACGCAUAAUUACGCACAACGCGGACUCCUCUCUGAUUCUGUUGGCGCUGUCGUGUCCUGACUCAAUUUCGAUUUCCCUCAUGUACGAAUCCCUUAACGAGCCUCGUGUGUAUCUAUAUACCCUCGCACACAGCAUUUCCAUUGUCAUUCGCAAUCGAGAUGCCGUCCAGGCUUUUGUCACG